GAAGAGAGGAAAAGGGGAAGAGAUGGGAAGGCCUUUGGAUCCAUUGUUCUUAGCACUGGUGCUGGUGCUGUCUCUUGCACCCAACUGGGCUGCUGCUCAAAUCCUCUUUCAGGGUUUUAACUGGGAGUCAUGGAAGAAAGAAGGGGGAUGGUAUAACUUUCUGAAGGGCCAAGUGUCUGACAUUGCCAAUGCUGGGGUUACGCAUGUCUGGCUCCCUCCACCCUCGCAUUCGGCAUCCGAACAAGGUUAUUUGCCAGGAAGGUUGUAUGAUCUGAAUGUAUCGAAAUAUGGGAACCGAGGCGAGCUGAAGUCACUGAUCAGUGAAUUCCAUGAAAAAGGAAUCAAAUGCAUUGCUGACAUUGUCAUCAAUCACAGAUGCGCAGAUAAAAAAGAUGGGAGAGGCGUAUACUGUAUCUUUGAAGGCGGGACGCCUGAUGACCGCCUCGACUGGGGCCCGACCAUGAUCUGCAGUGACGACACCAAAUACUCCGAUGGCACCGGCCACCCUGACACUGGCCUUGGCUUCGAUGCGGCUCCGGACAUCGACCACCUCAACCCAAGGGUCCAACGUGAGCUCUCGGAUUGGAUGAAUUGGCUCAAGAGUGACAUCGGUUUCGAUGGAUGGCGACUUGAUUUUGCCAGAGGAUACUCAUCAGACAUUGCCAAGAUUUAUGUAGAUCAAACCACACCGAGUUUUGUGGUUGCAGAGAUUUGGAGCUCUUUAGCUUAUGGAAACGAUGGCAAGCCAGCUUAUGACCAAAAUGCUCACCGCCAAGAGCUAGUUAAUUGGGUUCAAACAGUAGGCAGUCCAGCGACAGCUUUUGAUUUCACCACCAAGGGAAUACUGCAAGCAGCAGUGCAGGGGGAGCUGUGGAGGAUGCGUGAUUCCAAGGGAGAGGCAUCUGGGAUGAUUGGAUGGUGGCCAGAGAAGACGGUCACAUUCGUCGACAACCAUGAUACUGGUUCAACGCAGAGGCAAUGGCCUUUUCCUUCUGAUAAGGUCAUGCAAGGCUAUGUUUACAUUCUCACACACCCAGGGAUUCCCAGCAUCUUCUAUGAUCACUUGUUUGAUUGGGGUUUGAAGAAGCCGAUCGGUGAGUUGGCAGCAAUCAGGUCCAGGAAUGGGAUUCAUCCAGGUAGCUCAUUGCGCAUCAUGGUUUCCGACAGUGAUCUCUAUGUGGCGGCAAUUGAUGAGAAGAUUAUUGCAAAGAUUGGACCAAGAUAUGAUGUCGGGAACAUUGUUCCUUCGAACUACCACAUUGUUGCCUCUGGUAAUGACUACUGUGUAUGGGAGAAGAAGUGAUUACGAUGGUUUUAGGGAGUAUAAUAGUAUGAUUGUCAAGAACUGCUUCUGAAUUAGAAAAGCUAUACUCCCUAAUAGGAAGCCAUAUUUUAUAGUAGUUCGGUCGGCUGACCUUAUUCAGCCUUUACAUUUGCCUUAGUAGCAUGUUUUUGCACUUCAAUAAAGGAUGGGCUACUAUUAAAUAUCUAUA